AAAAUUUUCAUCAUCAUCAUCCGGGUUACCUUGUCGUCAUGGGGGAUCCAAAAUGGCGGCUUUCAUGCCAAAGUGUGGAACUUGGAGUCGUGUUCAAAGGUUUGGGAUUGCAGCGUACAGGAAUUACAGCAGUGGCAAUGGAUACCCAAAUAUCACCCUCUCUGCACCGCUGCCUGGGAUCCCCAAGCCAGUGUUUGCAAAUGUGGAUGGUCAGGAAAAAUAUGAGACCAAGAUCACUGCUCUAGAAAAUGGCCUCAAAGUGGCCUCCCAAAAUAAGUUUGGUCAAUUCUGCACAGUUGGAGUUUUAGUGAACUCUGGAUCCAGAUAUGAAGCAAAAUAUCCAAGUGGAAUAGCACACUUCUUAGAGAAACUUGCUUUUUCUUCCACGGCUCAGUACGGGAGUAAAGAUGAAAUCCUUCUCAUGCUGGAAAAGCAUGGAGGGAUAUGUGACUGCCAGACGUCAAGAGAUACCACCAUGUAUGCAGUGUCUGCUGAGGUGAAGGGUCUGGACACAGCAGUCAGUGUUCUCUCUGAUGUUGUACUACAGCCUCGCCUGUUGGAUGAAGAGCUUGAGAUGACCAGAAUGGCAGUUCGUUUUGAGUUAGAAGAUCUAAACAUGAGGCCGGACCCUGAGCCUUUACUCACCGAGAUGAUCCAUGCUGCUGCAUAUCGAGGCAACACGGUCGGACUGCCUCGUUUUUGUCCUGCAGACAACGUGGACAAGAUUGACAAGAAAGUGCUUCAUAGCUACUUACGUAACUACUACUGUCCUGAGCGGAUGGUCCUGGCUGGAGUGGGCAUCGAACAUGAACAGCUGGUUGAAUGUGCCAGGAAAUACCUUCUGGGUGUGAGGCCAGCGUGGGAAGCGAGCACAGCAUCCAAUGUGGACCUCUCUGUAGCACAGUACACUGGUGGUAUUGUCAAGAUGGAGAAGGAUAUGUCAGAUGUCAGCCUUGGCCCCACUCCGAUUCCAGAGCUCACCCACAUCAUGAUCGGCCUGGAAAGCUGCUCCUUCCGGGAGGAUGACUUCAUCCCAUUCGCGGUGCUCAACAUGAUGAUGGGUGGAGGUGGUUCCUUUUCUGCAGGAGGACCUGGGAAAGGCAUGUUCACCCGCCUGUACCUGAAUGUGCUCAACAGGCAUCAUUGGAUGUACAAUGCCACCUCCUACCAUCAUAGCUACGAGGACAGUGGUCUGCUGUGUAUCCAUGCUAGUGCAGACCCCAGACAGGUGCGAGAAAUGGUGGAAAUAAUAACCAGAGAGUUUAUUCAGAUGGCUGCCAGUGUGGGAGAGAUGGAACUGGAAAGGGCCAAGACUCAGCUCAAGUCCAUGCUGAUGAUGAACCUCGAAUCGCGGCCAGUUAUUUUUGAAGAUGUAGGUCGUCAGGUUCUUUCAACAGGAAAGAGAAAGCUGCCACAUGAACUGUGUGAUUUAAUAAGUAACGUGACAGCCAGUGACAUUAAAAGAGUGACCACCAAGAUGCUGCGCAGUAAGCCUGCAGUAGCAGCACUGGGAGACCUGACGGAGCUGCCCUCGUAUGAACACAUACAGGCCGAUUGA